GUCCGGGCCCCGGCCCCCUGGCUUCGCCCCCUCAACGCUCCUCGGCCCCGCCCCAACGCCGGCGCUCUUCCGGGUUGUCCCUGGGCGGCACCAGGGAGCUCCUCGAAUCAUUUAAAUAAAAGGUUUGGCCUCUGGUGCUAUUUGCAUGGAGGAGGGGCCUUCCACACAAGCCCCAUGUUUGGGGCCCUGGUCCUUCGCGAAGCUCUGGGCGACAUAAGUUGCCUGGGGCCGGUCCGGCUCACAGAAUACCGCCGCCAGAUGCCACUUCCCCUUCCAGCCCGCCUUUGCCGCCUUCCUUCCGAUUUUCGCGUGCCUUCUUUCCGGCGCUCGCCCGCGGCCAGAGCCAGGAUGCUCCCGAAGCGGCGGCGAGCGCGGGUCGGGUCCCCCGGCGGUCCUACCUGCUCCGCGGCGCGCUUCCCCGGCGUUGCCAUCUACCUGGCUGAGCCGCGCAUGGGCCGCAGCCGCCGGGCCUUCCUCACCCGCCUGGCCCUCUCCAAGGGGUUCCGGGUCCUGGAUGCCUACAGCUCCGAGGUGACACAUGUGGUGAUGGAACAGACCUCAGCAGAGGAGGCCAGCUGCUGGUGGGAGCGCAGGGUGGCGACAGGAUCUCUCCCUGGCUAUGCCAGCCCAUUGCUGCUAGACAUAAGCUGGUUCACGGAAAGCAUGGCAGCGGAGGAGCCCGUGCCCGUGGAGCCCCGGCACCGCCUGGAGGUGGCUGUGCCUGGGAAAGGGCUGCCAGGCCCAGUGUGGAUGUCACAGUACGCCUGCCAGCGCCCCACACCUCUCACACACCACAACCCCAGCCUCACGGAGCCCCUGGAGAUGCUGGCAGAAGCGGCCAGCUUUGAGGGCAGUGAGGGCCGCUUCCUCUCCUUCCGCAGAGCAGCCUCGGUGCUCAAGGCCCUUCCGAGCCAGGUCACAGCCCUAAGCCAGCUGCAGGGGCUGCCCUACUUUGGAGAACAUUCUUACAGGGUCGUCCAGGAAGUGCUGGCUCAGGGAGUAUGUGAGGAGGUGGAGAGAAUCCGGUGCUCAGAGAGGUACCAGACCAUGAAGCUUUUUACCGGGAUCUUCGGGGUCGGGGUAACGACUGCUGACCGGUGGUACCGGGAAGGGCUGCGGACCCUCGACAGCCUCCAAGAGCAGCCCCAGAGGCUGACCCAGCAGCAGAAAGCAGGACUCCGGCACUAUCAGGACCUGAGUGCCCCAGUCCAGAGGUCUGACGUGGAGGCCCUGCAGCAGGUGGUGGAGGAAGCUGUGGGGUGCAUCCUUCCUGGGGCCACCGUCACGCUGGCCGGCGGCUUCCGGAGGGGCAAGUUGCAGGGCCACGACAUGGACUUCCUCAUCACCCACCCCCAGGAGGGCCGGGAGGCAGGGCUGCUGCCCAGAGUGAUGCACAGCCUGGAGAGUCAGGGCCUUGUCCUGUACCACCAGUACCACCACGGCCACCGUGCAGAUGCCACCCACCUGUCCUGCCACAACCACGCCAUGGGCGGCUUUGAGAUGACUUUCUGUAUCUUCUGCCUGCCUGCACCUCCAGGGACUGCUGUGGGGGGCACCCAGAGGGCCGUGCGGGCAGACCUGGUAGUGGUCCCCAUCAGCCAGUUCCCCUAUGCCCUGCUGGGCUGGACCGGCUCGAAGCCUCGCUUUCUGCAGCAUUUCCAGCGGGAGCUGCGCCGCUUCAGCCGGAAGGAGAGAGGGCUGUGGCUGAACAGCCAUGGGCUGUUUGACCCCCAGCAGAAGAAACAUUUCCAUGCGGCAUCAGAGGAAGACAUCUUCAGGCACCUGGGCCUGGAGUACCUUCCCCCAGAGCAGAGGAAUGCCUGACCCAGCUGCUGGCCCGGUCCGCUCUCUGGGGAGGCAGGCCCUACGGAUGUCCUCAGCCACCAAAAGUCUCCAGGGCGAAGAUGCACUGUGGCCCCAGGUCCUCACUCCGCACCCAGGCCCGGAUGAAAUGAAAUGAGCACAUGUAAUAAACCGAGCGCUGUUUUCUUGUACUGCUGGCCCCCUGGGGGAGAGUGGUGCCCUGUUCUGUGCAGAGGUCUGGCCUGCUGGGUGUUGGUCAGGGGCAGGGGAACGAUGGCCUGGAUCAGCGAGGACCUGAAGGCGCCUUCCCUGUGGGCUUGCUGUAGACCCUGAGGUGGCAGAUGACAAGUGCUUUGCUCAGUACCCCAGGACUCAGACCUAGGGGCUGGGGGCUGGAGCUCUUCCCGCUGGGAGCCCACCUGCUCUGUGGCCAGCAGCUGAGGAGGACAGGGCCCGGAGGCACGGGCAGAAUUUCCAGUGCUCAGAAUUCCCACCACCUCCCAGCCAGAUUUCCUGUCUCUGCCUCUGUUCUUCUAAGGUCUGUUCUCAGAAGGGUUUUGUCAGCAGGUCACGUAGCCCCCCUCCUUGCUCCUGGCCCACACUCCUGCUCAGUGAUUCCAGAGCCUCACAGUGGCGCCCAGGGUCCUGGCCUCCCCCUGACCACUGGUCUCAUCUGCUGUCCCACUGCUCUGAGCCAGGUGUCUUCCUGCCCUGGUGCCCACGUGACCUGUCCCAGAUACCUGUGAGGUCAGGGCGGGUCUCAGCCCUUCCCAGAGGGGCCCUGGCCAUGCAGUGUCCUCUGUUCCUCAAAUCCUCAGGUCUUCUCUGGCCUCGGUACCUUUGCCACUGGACCGUUCACUAGAAGUCCUCCCCCAACUGAGUCUCUGUUGGGGGAGGACUUCCCUGACCACUUGUUGCAUUAAAAAAUAUUUUUGUAAAGAAA